CAUCUCACAAAAUAAUAAUACAUGUUCAACCGCUUCAACAACUGUCCCCUGAUUGGUGGAAACGUUGCAAAUAUCCUGCGAGUUUCAAUUUGAUUGACAGAUCUAGAGCACCCGCCGGCGUUCGUCUUCGACGUCCACUCAAAUAAAAGUCCGUCGUGGAGACCGAUACUCGCCGGUGAAAAAACUCAAGAUGUCAGUGGUUCAGAUGGUGAAGAUUGUGGGUCUGGGGGCUGUGGCCCUCACUCUCAGUGUGAAGUGGUUGGGCUGGCUCCUCUGUCGCCUCUGGCCCCGGAAAAUAUCCCGGGGGCCCCUGAAAGAAGUGUUCUUUUUCCCCACGGAGGUCGCCUGCACGGAGCGUCUCUUCACUCCUGACUCACCAUUCCCCUGCCCCUGUCCCUUACCCCACAACGUCAACACCUCCUUCACCCGUCUCCUGGGCCACAUCCUGUCUGCCUCCUCCUCCCUGGACCUGUGUGUGUUCGCCUUCACCAACCUGGACCUGAGCCGGGCCGUGCUGGCCCUCCACACCAGGGGCAUCCCCAUCCGUAUCCUCACUGACAUGGACUACACCCUCAUCACCGGCUCCCAGAUAGGGGCCAUCCGCAGAGCAGGCAUCUGUGUGAGGUGUGACUCCGGCGCCGUCCACAUGCACCACAAGUUUGCCGUGGUGGACAGCCGGCGCCUGAUCACCGGCUCCCUGAACUGGACCCUGACAGCCAUCCAGAGCAACAAGGAGAACAUCCUGGUCACGGAGGAACCAGACCUGGUCCUGCCUUUCAUCACUGAGUUCCAGAGGCUCUGGGACGUCAAUGACCCGGCUAGGAGAAACCUGCCAUCAAUCGCUGAGAAAGCUGCUAGUUUAGUACUAUAUAGAGACUGAGAAACAUGGCUGAAGUAUUUGUGUUACAGUAGCAGUAGCUAGUGGUUACUUUUGGUUUACCAACUGGUACGGUGAUUAUGGAGAUUUUUAUUUUGUAUAUUUAGUUGUUUUAUAUUUUCCAUUUCUGAGAAACCUGCUAGUUUAGUACUAUGGAUACAAAGGUUGUAUGGUCCUUAUCUGGGACAAACGUGUCCAAAUACAAAUCGUGUUUGCAUUAGUGUAGUGUGGUACGUUAGGAUUGGGCAGUACUGGUCAAGAAACCAGCUAUCUUCGUCAAGUAGAGAGACUUCGAGACAUGGACUGUAUGUGUACUUUCCUACUUUAGUAGAAGUAAUAGUUUUUUGCCAGAUGAAUCGCUGCUUUACCCUGGUGAUGAUGUAGAAUUGGGUAGUUUGAUAUUUUGUACUUUUAUAUUGAACGUUUUUUGUAGUUUUACAUUGUUUACACUGAGGUAUUUUGUUAUUGUAUGACAAUUUGUUUUAUAUAUUUUAAUACAAAAGUCAUUUGAAUUCUGUUUCAAAAAAAAAAGUAAUGUUAAAUUGGGUAACUAAGAGUGGAAUGUGUUAUUUUUGUAUGUUAAACGUUAUAUUUAAAAUAGGAUUUCAUUACAGUAUUUAGAUAAAGAUGGAAAUAAUAAGAAUACUUCAUGUUAACUCAGUCCAUCCUAUAGCUUAUCAUUAAGAGUCGGAGAACUAUACCCAGUCAUAACAAUUGCACUGAGGGAUAAGUGGUGCACUGCACUCAUGCAGAAGAGAUUUGUAAUGCUUCUCACAGAGCACACAGCUCCAAUAAAAAACCUACUCAUCCACUCUACUGCAA